GGGAAAGAAUUAGAGAGCGAAACAGAACAAAACAAACAAAAAGUCAUGUCUCCGACGACGACAUCGUUACGAUCCCUAAGCUUCUCGCUUUACGCUUCUUCUAAUUCUACUCCGAUUUCUACACCAAUUGAGGCCCGACAGUUACUGAGUUCAUGCAAUAGAUUCUACGGUCUGUCCUCUUCGAGCUCUUCUUCCUCCCUUACUACUUCAUCUUUGAUCGGAAAUCUUGUUUUCUCAUCAAGGAAUCAGUCUCUCUCCGUAAAGGUCCAAGCGUUAGCUGCUGAAACCGAACAGCCAAAAUGGUGGGAGAGGAAAGCAGGGCCAAACAUGAUUGACAUUACCUCAGCUGAGCAGUUUCUCAACGCGUUAAAAGAUGCGGGAGAUAGAUUAGUUAUCGUAGAUUUUUACGGAACUUGGUGUGGUUCUUGCCGUGCAAUGUUCCCAAAGCUCUGCAAAACGGCGAAAGAACACCCUAACAUCUUGUUCCUUAAAGUAAACUUUGACGAGAACAAGUCUCUCUGCAAAAGCUUAAACGUCAAGGUGUUACCGUAUUUCCACUUCUACCGCGGUGCUGAUGGCCAAGUCGAAUCCUUCUCAUGCUCUCUUGCCAAGUUCCAGAAACUGAGAGAGGCGAUAGAGAGACACAAUGUAGGAAGUAUCAGUAACAUCUCUUCUUCAGCUUCUGAGAAAGUUGAAGAUUCAAGUGAAUAAUCAAUGCCUGGUUCAGAUUGAUCACAGAUUAUUUUGUUAAAUCGCUUCCCUGUAUAUAUGUUGACUGCAUUUUCCAUGUGGUGCAUCAUAAUUUUUGUACAUAAAUAAAUGAGUCUGACUUCGAGUUCAUCGCCUAUCAAGUAUCAGCUUCCCUAAACCGAGUAAAACCGGGAAGUGUUGGGUUUCAAAAUUAACUUGGUGAGUUAACAGUUAACACACACAUCCACCGUUUUUAGAUAGAUAAGAG